AUGUCCUCUCUCCUCAAGGCUCAGACUGCGAAUGCCAAGGGCAAGGGCAAGCGCCCAGCCAACGAUGAGGGCGAGGCUGGUCCUCCGCGCAAGAGAAACAAACAACGAGUGUUGCUGCUCUCGUCUCGGGGAAUCACCCACCGCAUGCGCCAUCUCAUGGGCGAUCUGGAGGCUCUCUUGCCGCAUAUCAAGAAGGACUCCAAGCUAGACUCCAAAAACCACCUCCACCUCCUUCCCGAACUCGCAGACCUCCACAACUGUAACAACACUCUCUACUUUGAAGCACGACGUCACGAAGACCUCUAUCUCUGGGCUGCCAAGACACCAAACGGCCCAAGUGUCAAAAUGCAUGUCAAAAUGAAGUCGAGGACUCUUGAGUUUGACCCAGGAUUCGAUAGCGGCGAGCAUUGGAAACUCAUCAAAGAGUUAUUCACGCAUAUUUCGGAGUUCCGCCCACUGCUCGCUCGAGCCAAACCAUUCAUCGACCACAUUCUUACGUUUUCCAUAGUCGACAACAAAAUCUGGUUUAGAAACUUCCAAAUAAUCGAAAAGGAUCCACUUAAACCCAAUGGUCCCCCUGAGACCUCACUCGUUGAAAUUGGUCCCAGGUUUGUGUUAACGCCCAUAAGGAUAUUCGAAGGUGCAUUCGGUGGAGCGACUGUAUUCUCUAAUCCUGAAUUUGUGAGCCCCGCAGCCGUCCGGUCCCAGAUCAAGCGAGAACAGGGAGAAAAGUACCGUGCUCGCAAGGAGGGCGAGGCGGAACGCAAUACAAGGAGAGAGGAAAGGAGGCGAGAAGAAGACGAGUUGGCGGUCAGGAAUGUAUUUGCAUAG